AUGUAUCCUUCGCGAAUUUCUUCUUCUACUCAGAGCAACCAGCAUACGAAAUUUUCUGUUCCGGAAGCUUGUGACAAAAUAAAAGAUGAGCUUCUGAGUCUGCAAACUCAGUACCACAGUUUAAAAUGUGAGUUUGAAAAGGCAGUUCAAGAAAAGUCCGAGUUACAGCGCCACUACCUGCUGUAUUAUGAGAUAACUUAUGGACUUAAUGUUGAAAUGCACAAACAGAUGGAGAUUGCGAAACGGCUAAAUGCUAUCCUGGUGCAAGUUAUUCCGUUUCUGUCUCAAGAGCAUCAAUCUCAAGUUGCAGCAGCAGUAGACCGCGCGAAGCAAGUUACACUAUCGGAACUUAGUAGCAUUAUAGGGCCACAAAUGGAUGAAUCUAAAGGUCCGAAGUUUCUGAAUGGUGCUCUUGGAUCCCCCUUCGAUCAAAUGGACUUUUUUAAGACUAUGCAGCAGCAACAACUACUGAUGAAUUCUGGAUCUGGAGGACUAAAUAGUUCAUUCCCACACAAUCUCAUCCCACCCUCGUUAGGUCAAUUACCAUCUGAUACUUCUGUUUUAUCCAUAAGCGGGUCCAGAGGAGGAACGCAAACCACUCCAUCUUUAACUAGCCUAAGCGGGCUUAAUGCACCCCCAUGCACCGGAAUUAACAGUUUAAGUAGUGGACUCCCAGCUCUAAAUAGUAAUACUCCUAAUAAUUUACUCUUGCCUCCCAAUCCAUUUCUACCACAAAUGACCAGUUCAGCUACACCUCCAACUACCAAUACUAAUCCUGUGGGGAAUCCCAACAUUUCCGGUGUUCAGUCAUCCCUUUCUGGUAUCCCAGGACCCAAUAAUCCGGCCUUCUUUUCUGGUCUUGCCCAAUCUCACCCGGCGGUCGCAGCAGCAAUGGCUGCAGUAGCUGCUGCCGGCUUCCCUCCUGGUAACACGAAUCCUACUAUGAAUCAAUUAUCCGGUGGUUUACUUAACAACAAUAGUCAUCCUUAUUCUCAAAUCCCUGCUCAUAUCAACAAUAUACCAACUUCAUUUCCUCCUGGAACCAGUAAUAAUCUUACAGGUGCUUCAAUACCAUCAUCCAUAUCCUCCAGUACAUCUAUGGCGACUCCAUCAUAUCAUGGUUCUGCUUCUGGGGUACAUACACCGUUCUCACCCACCUCUACUUCUUUGCCUAAUCCGAAUGCCCCAAGACCAUUAAUGUUCCCAAUGGAUGGAGUGACUGGUCAACCACCAUUCCCGCCAAUGAUAUCUCCGGCUGCACUAUCUGCCAUUAUUAGUGACAAAAAUCUAGAUGAAAAACAAAGGACAGCAGCUGCUGCGGCAAUGGCUGCAGCGAUGGCUGCUGCCGCCGCCGCUUCUCAAGCUGGUCCACCGGGAACUUUUGGCUUACCGCUGAACUUUGGGUCUAGUAACUUAACAGGCUCCUCACCCAUGGAUGCUCAUAAUUUAAUGGCUACAAUGGCUAGUUUUGCCGCUGCUCAGUCUGCUGCAGCGGCUGGCAUGAAUCCAGAUAUGCAUGAUGGACUUAAUUCAAAUCUUCCUUUAUCAUCUGGACUUUUUGGUGCUAUGCAUCCAGAUAUAUCUGGGUUUGGUCCAAAUAGUAUUUUACCACCAACAUCAUCGGCUAUAUCAUCAACAUUUUCUAAUCCAGGUUCUGUUUUACCACCAUCAAAAAGUUCAACACCUGUACCUAGCAUUAAUUCGUGCCCAAGUCGCCAACGUGCAAAUUCUCGAUCUCCAGGUUUACUUGAUGUACAUUCAAAUGCACCGGAUGAGAAACGUCGUAAAACUGAAAGACCUACCUCCGGUGACAAAUGUAAUGCAGUUGGCAAUAUUUCACUGGAAGAAAAUGGAAUGGUUCGUGUUCGAAGUUCAAAUUCUUCCGGUCGACGUACUCCAUCAACAAAGCAUAAUGGUAGUGGUAGUAGUGGACCAAAUUCUUCUGUUUAUAAAAAUCAUUCUACUACUGGUAGCAGUUUGAAUUUACCGCAUCUUGAUAAUAAUCAAAAUCAGAAUCAUAACAACACCAUCACCACCACCACCACCACAACUACCACAAAUAACCAUGCACAACGAGAUCAUUCACUUGAAUUAGAUCAUAAAGAAUCUGAUGAAAAUCCACCGCCUCUAUUGACUGCUGCAUCUACUACUGCUGCUAUCAUUACAAGUAGUGGUGGUGCUGGUGGUGGUGGUUCUGGCAGUGGUGCACCAAGUUGUACUACAUCACCAUCACAAAAUCAACAAUCACAUACAACUUGUACUGAUCCAUCGUUGCCACCUCCUUCAACUGGAGCAUUUCAUAAUAAACAACAUGCUAAUACACCUAAUAUGAAAUCAUCUUUAUCACCUGCAGCUGCUAUCACUACAACUGUAUCGAAUUCAUGCAGAAUAGGUUCAAUUUCUUCUUUGGCAUCAAGUGAAUUAUCAAUACCUAGUCCUUUGUCUUCUAUGGUUGCUGCUAGUGGUGUCAAUCUACCCGGUGUUGGUGCUGUUUCCUUGUCUCCGCCUCAUAUUACUUCUGAUGCAUUGACACCGAAUUCUGAUGGUCAUCCUGUUUCGUCUGCACAACAAAAUCCUCCUUCUGUUUCGACGACAACAUCAUCGUCAGCUAUGAUGUUUGAUGCGAGCUUUGGUAGUUCUGGAAUGAGUGGAAUUUCGAAUCUUGGCAGAGCGCCAUAUUCAUUCCUUCGCUUGGAUAAUCAAUCACCAACUCCUGUACCAUUUACUCCAGAUGCUUUCUUUGGUCCAGGUAUUCCACAUCAAGCAAAAGCGAUACAUUGUUUAGAUCAUGGUGAAGUUGUGUGUGCUGUUACAAUCAACAAUGCUACACAUCAAAUUUACACCGGGGGUAAAGGUACCGUUAAGCUAUGGGAUUUAAAUUCAUCUACACCUAAUCAUUCUCCAAAUUGCGGUGGCAGUUCAAAUCAACCAAUCAUCAAUAAUAAAACGUGUAUAACCAGCCUUGAAUGUUUACAACGCGAUAAAUACAUACGAUCGAUUAAACUAACUCAAGAUGGAAGAACAUUAGUUGUAGGCGGAGAAUCUAGCAUAUUAAGUAUAUGGGAUUUGGGUCAAGCUAGCCCGCAUCCAAAAAGUGAACUUACAUUUGCAGCUCCAGCAUGUUAUGCUUUGGCUGUAUCACCUGAUAGUAAACUAUGCUUCAGCUGUUGUUCAAACGGGAAUAUUGGUGUUUGGGAUAUACACAAUCGUAUUUUAGUUCGUCAAUAUCAAGGGCACGCUGAAGGCGCAUCUUGUGUCGACAUUCGUCCUGAUGGAACACGAUUAUGGAGUGGAGGUUUAGAUAAAACUGUUCGUUGUUGGGACUUACGAGAACAUUGCCAAAUUAGCCAGGUUGAUUUGUCAGCUCAAAUAUUCUCUCUUGGUUAUUGUCCAACAGGAGACUGGUUAGCUGUUGGAUUGGAAACAGAUCAAGUUGAAGUUUUCGGUCCUGGUCGUCCAGAACGUUAUCAACUGUCGUUGCAUGAAAGUUGUGUUUUGUCUCUUAAAUUUGCUCAUAGUGGUUUAUGGUUUGCUUCAACUGGUAAAGACCAUUGUCUGUACGCUUGGAGAACUCCUUAUGGUGCUAACCUUUUCCAGGUCAAAGAAAAUUCGUCUGUGUUGAGUUGCGAUAUAUCAUUGGAUGAUAAACUCCUAGUCACUGGAUCUGGUGAUCGUAAAGCUACUGUCUAUGAAAUAAUUUACUAA